AUGUCUACAACCACAGGAGCAUUCAUUGCCGGAGGUAUUGCAGCUUGCGGCGCUGUUACCGUCACUCAUAGUUUCGAAACUGUUAAGAUUCGGCUUCAAUUGCAAGGAGAACUACAAUCAGAUGCUGUCAAAAAAUAUAGAGGCGUCUUUCACGGCGUCAAAGUGAUACUACAAAAUGAAGGUCCCCAGGGUCUAUUUAGGGGUAUCGGUUCCGCUUAUAUAUAUCAAAUAUUACUGAACGGUUGCCGUCUCGGCUUCUACGAACCGCUUCGAACAGGCCUCACGACUGCCAUCUACGGUGAUCCUUCGGUACAAUCCCUGGGCAUCAAUGUCUUCAGUGGAGCGAGUUCCGGUAUGUUGGGGGCCGCAGCUGGCUCCCCUUUCUUCCUCGUGAAGACACGAUUACAAUCCUACUCCCCGUUCUUGCCAGUCGGUACGCAGCACCAAUAUAAAAAUGCAUAUGAUGGAAUGCGACAAAUCUAUACCAACGAGGGAGUCAAGGGUCUUUAUCGCGGUGUUGGCGCUGCCAUGGUGCGAACUGGUUUUGGCAGUUCUGUCCAACUUCCCACUUAUUUCUUCGCAAAACGACGGUUGACACGACACCUGGGAAUGGAAGAGGGGCCGGCUCUUCAUCUUGCUAGCAGUACUGCAUCCGGCUUCGUUGUUUGUUGUGUAAUGCAUCCUCCAGAUACCAUCAUGUCGCGUAUGUACAACCAAACCGGUAACCUAUACAAAGGUGUCUUCGACUGUCUGUACAAGACUGUUUCCACCGAAGGGUUGCUUGCCAUAUAUAAGGGCUACUUUGCUCAUCUUGCCCGUAUUCUACCACACACCAUCCUCACUCUCAGUCUUGCUGAACAAACCAACAAGUUUGUUCGUAAGAUUGAAGAUCGCAUUCUGUCGGAUGACCUUCGGUCAAGAUUGUAA